CCACCCGCCCCCAGGGGACGGGGCCUGGAGGCUUCAGCCUGAAUCUCCCCAGGCUGGAGGGAGACUGGUGCGGGGCGCCUCUGUGCUGGGCGAGCUGGCAGGCAGGAGGAAAACAGCAGCCCCAGAGCGAGACCCGACUUCGUGUCGGCAGGGAACCGUCCUCUGGAGCUACGGAAACCUCUUCUGUGUGCUUGCUUGAGGUCAAAGCCCUGAGGGUUGUGUCUGGAUCUCCAGCUCCUCCUUGCCAGUCACAUGAAAAUUAUGGGCAGAAAGGGAGCUCUUCGUUUUACAGCCUUCCCGUCAUGAUUUUCCCUCCCAUCUCCCACAUCCAAAGUGGAGCAGCUCCGUGCUGGCUGGGGCUGUGACAUCUGCUGAUGCUCCCUGACUUUUAGAAGUGGAGCAGAGGAACGCGCGCAUCGUGACCACCACCCUGCUGCUCACUGAAGAAGUAAUGCGGGAAGACCGGGGCUCGGAGGGGAGCUACGUCCUGUACGGGUCCUCCUGUGCCGAGAUCACCGAAGAAGCUGAAUAUGUGAGAAAGCAGCACCCUCCGGUGCUGGGCAGGAGCCCAGAGCCCAGCGGCUGGGGCUCGAGCUGCAGCCCCGUGGCGGCGAAGAUGAGGGAAACAGAGAGGCAGCUGCUGCUGGUCAGCAGGGAGAACGAGGUGCUACGGAUCAAGCUGGAAGCCACAAGAGAAGCGGGCGUGCAGGCUCUCCGAGCUGCCUCCCAAAAACUCUACGAGAACUACCAGACUCGGUCAGAAGAACUUCGAAAAGCUCACGAGAAUGAGAAGAAGCAAGUACAGGCCCGCAGCCGGGAACAGGAAGAGAAGCUCCAGCAGAAGGAGGAGGACGCCAGGCGGCUCGCCAGCGACGUGGAGGAGAGGUGCGCCCGCAUCGCGGGCAUGGAGCAGCGCGUGCGGAGGAUGGAGGAGGAGAAGAAAACUCUGAUAGAAAAGAAAACGUCCUAUGAAAAGAUGCUUCUGCAGAUGAUGUCAAGGAAUGAAGACAGCAAACGGUGCCUGGCCGUGCAGCAGGACAUCGCCACGCUGCGGGAGCAGAUCGGCCACCUGCAGCGCCUGAUCGGGGCACAGCACCAGAGCCUGCGCCGCGUCAUCCAGGAGGUGGAGGAACUGAACGAAGAACUCAAAAUCCAGGACAAAAAAAUAGAAGACCUGACAGAAAAGGUGACGGCGCUUGAGACUCAGAAUGAAGAACUAAAAGACAGAGUGGCGUUAUGGUCCGGCCAGCCCAAGAUGAAAGUUUCAAAAGCCGUCCUGACAGACCCCCUGCGGGACUACAGAGCAUCCCCUUACCUGCUGCUGACCAGGAUGAAGCAGCAGGACAGCUAAACGAACUACCGGGCGCGCAUCUCCUGCCUUUGGCAGAAGGACUUCUUGUGUCGCACCGCACCUUGGACACGUGCUGCUUUUUCUCCGAGACGUGGUGCAGAAGGGGUGCCGCGGAGCUGCUCUUGGAAGGAUAAACCUGGAAACAAGGCACGAGGUGACGAGACAGCCCGGGGGCUGCUGCACACGGGGGCUCC